UACAUGCUCUCUGUUUGGGUUUUCAAUUCCUUCGAUAGAUCGAUGCCCUUUCAGUUUUCUUCUGUUUCGAAUUAUUGUCCUAGAGAAAAUAGGAAAUUUUCGCACUUGAAUUGCGUUUUUCUGAUCUUCGUCGUCUUCCCUCGCGAUCAGGUAUAAUUAGUUGCUGGGUUGGUUGUCUCUUGAGCUGUUGACCAGUUGGAGAAGCUUCAGUUCAGAGACAAAAAUGGUGUCGGCGAACAGAGAGAUGGCGGUUUACUGUUUUGACACUUUGGUCUCUCACUACAACAGCGAAGAGACUCCUCCCCCUGUCUUUGACGAGGCCCAUCAUCCAUUGUUUGUCACCUGGAAGAAAAUAGUGAAUGGCGGAGAACCUCGAUUGCGUGGAUGCAUUGGUACAUUGGAAGCUCGUCACUUAAUUAGUGGCUUCAAAGAUUACGCCUUGACCAGUGCCCUGAGGGAUCGUAGGUUCCCACCUAUACAACCUAAAGAAUUGCCAUUUCUGGAAUGCACGGUUUCGGUUCUGACUGACUAUGAAAUUGCAGAAGGUUAUCAUGAUUGGGAGGUUGGAAAGCAUGGGAUAAUCAUUGAAUUCACUGAUCCUGAGCAUAAUACAAGGCGAAAUGGAACAUAUUUGCCUGAGGUACCGGCUCAUGAAGGCUGGACAAAGGUAGAGGCGAUAAAUUCGCUGAUGCGUAAAGCGGGUUACAACGGUCACAUAACGGAGUCCCUGCGCAGGUGUAUCCACCUGACCCGUUACCAGAGUACGGUGUUCACCAUGCAUUUUAGUGAAUACGUCUCGUACGUGAAGGCGACGAGGGGCAGCGUCCCGGCUAUUAACGGGACUAAGCCCACCGUCCUCUGAUUCUACAACGAUGGGAAACUGCAGUCGAAGGACGGAUUUGAUUUGAUUCUAUUUCUGUCCCAACUUUUUUUUUUUUUUAUAACUGACUCGAAUCGGUCUGCUUACUAUAACCUUCCUUCGGAAUCAAAAUAUUGAUUCUGAAUGGAGGAGGCCUUGGUGAAUUGGCGCCUCAACUUGGAAAUGGUAACAUUAAGUAAUUUUAUCAAAAGAUCCCACUUUGAUC